CCGGCGGGCGGUGGCGCUGCGGAGGCGGCGGCCGAGGCCGGCGGGCGCGGAGGAGGGGCCCGAGACUGGGGCGGCCAGCGGCAGCUGCCUCCGUGACGACUGUCGGCAGCGCGGCGGCCUGAGGAGACCGAGCCGCGGGCCCCGGCGUCGCCGCGUCUCCUGGCUGUCUCCUUCUCCUCCUCUCGCGGCAGGGGCGUCAGGAAUGGGCCCCAGCCGCCGCGGGCCCCGCACCCCGCGCCGCCCGUAGGCCCCAGCAGUCGGAGGCCGGCCGGCCGGCCUCUCGCCACCCCUCGCCCCAGCCCUGCCGUCCCCACCCCAAAUCCCCGGGAAGGAAGAUGAGGGAGACGGGCCCGGCGCUCAGCAGUCAGAGCAGCAGUAGCAGCAGCAGCGGUCGGGGGAGGGUGUUUCGCCGUUUCCUCUCAGCCGCCAGGACAAGAUGGCAGCGGCCGCGGAGAGGGGCUGAGCCCGGGCUGGGUGGUGCCGCCUGCUGAAGCGCCUGGCUCCCUGUCCCCGGCACGGCCCCGCACCCCACCCCGGACAUGCUCAGGGCUGCGGCCGCCCGAAGAGGGGAGAGCGCAGGCCUCUAGGAAGGUAUGGCCUCACAAGUCUUGGUCUACCCACCGUAUGUUUAUCAAACUCAGUCAAGUGCCUUUUGUAGUGUGAAGAAACUCAAAGUAGAGCCAAGCAGUUGUGUAUUCCAGGAAAGAAACUAUCCACGGACCUAUGUGAAUGGUAAAAAUAUUGGAAAUUCUCAUCCUCCCACGAAGGGUAGUGUUUUUCAGACAAAGAUACCAUUUAACAGACCUCGAGGACACAACUUUUCGUUGCAGACAAGUGCUGUUGUUUUAAAAAACACUGCGGGUGCUACAAAGGUCAUAGCAGCUCAGGCACAGCAAGCUCAAGUGGAGGCACCUCAGAUUGGGGCGUGGCGACACAGGUUCAAUUUCCUAGAAGGCCCCCAGCGAUGUGGAUUGAAGCGCAAGAGUGAGGAGUUGGAUAAUCAUAGCAGCGCAAUGCAGAUUAUUGAUGAAUUGUCCAUACUUCCUGCAAUGUUGCAAACCAACAUGGGAAAUCCAGUGACAGUUGUGACAACUACCACAGGAACAAAACAGAAUUGUACCACUGGAGAAGGUGACUAUCAGUUAGUACAGCAUGAAGUCUUAUGCUCCAUGAAAAAUACUUAUGAAGUCCUUGAUUUUCUUGGUCGAGGCACUUUUGGCCAGGUAGUCAAAUGCUGGAAAAGAGGGACAAAUGAAAUUGUAGCAAUCAAAAUUUUGAAGAAUCACCCUUCUUAUGCACGUCAAGGUCAAAUAGAAGUGAGCAUAUUAGCAAGACUCAGUACUGAAAAUGCUGAUGAAUAUAACUUUGUACGAGCUUAUGAAUGCUUUCAGCACCGUAACCAUACUUGUUUAGUUUUUGAGAUGCUGGAACAAAACUUGUAUGACUUUUUGAAACAAAAUAAGUUCAGCCCCCUGCCACUAAAAGUAAUUCGACCCAUUCUUCAACAAGUGGCCACUGCACUGAAAAAAUUGAAAAGUCUUGGUUUAAUUCAUGCUGACCUCAAACCAGAAAAUAUUAUGCUGGUGGAUCCUGUUCGGCAGCCAUACAGGGUUAAGGUGAUAGACUUUGGGUCGGCCAGUCAUGUAUCAAAGACUGUUUGUUCAACAUAUCUACAAUCUCGGUACUACAGAGCUCCAGAGAUUAUAUUGGGGUUGCCAUUUUGUGAAGCCAUAGACAUGUGGUCAUUGGGAUGCGUGAUUGCAGAAUUAUUCCUUGGAUGGCCACUCUACCCAGGAGCCUUGGAGUAUGAUCAGAUUCGAUAUAUUUCUCAGACUCAAGGUUUACCAGGAGAACAGCUGUUAAAUGUGGGCACGAAAUCCACAAGAUUUUUUUGCAGAGAAACAGAUAUUUCUCAUUCUGGUUGGAGAUUAAAGACACUAGAAGAGCAUGAGGCAGAGACAGGAAUGAAGUCUAAAGAAGCCAGAAAGUACAUAUUCAACAGUCUGGAUGAUAUAGUGCAUGUGAACACAGUGAUGGAUUUGGAAGGAAGUGAUCUUUUGGCUGAGAAAGCUGAUAGAAGAGAAUUUGUUAGUCUGUUGAAGAAAAUGUUGCUAAUUGAUGCAGAUUUAAGAAUUACUCCAGCUGAGACUUUGAACCAUUCUUUUGUUAAUAUGAAACAUCUUCUAGAUUUCCCUCAUAGCAACCAUGUAAAGUCCUGUUUUCACAUUAUGGAUAUUUGUAAGUCCCACCCAAAUUCAUGUGACACAAAUAAUCACAAUAAAACUUCACUUUUAAGACCAGUUGCUUCAGGCAGUACUGCUAACCUGACAGCAAAUUUUACUAAAAUUGGCACAUUAAGAAAUCAGGCGUUAACCACGUCCGCUCACUCCGUUGGGCACCAUGGAGUUCCUCUGCAGGCCGGAACUGCUCAUUUCGGUUGUGGUGACGCUUUUCAGCAGACGCUGAUUAUCUGUCCCCCAGCUAUUCAAGGUAUUCCUGCAACCCAUGGUAAACCCACGAGUUAUUCAAUAAGAGUAGAUAAUACAGUUCCACUUGUAACUCAGGCCCCAGCUGUACAGCCACUACAGAUCCGACCAGGAGUUCUUUCUCAGCAGACGUGGUCUGGUAGAACACAGCAGAUGUUGGUACCUGCCUGGCAGCAGGUAACACCCAUGGCUCCGGCUACUACUGCGUUAACUUCUGAGGGUGUGGCUGGCUCACAGAGGCUUGGAGACUGGGGGAAAAUGAUUUCACACAGUAAUCAUUAUAACUCAGUGAUGCCACAACCUCUUCUAACCAAUCAGAUAACUUUAUCGGCCCCGCAGCCAAUUAGUGUGGGCAUUGCACAUGUUGUCUGGCCUCAGCCUGCCACUGUAAAGAAAAAUAAACUGUGCCAGAACAGAGGUAUUUUGGUAAAACUAAUGGAAUGGGAGCCAGGAAGAGAGGAAAUAAAUGCUUUCAGUUGGAGUAAUUCAUUGCAGAAUACGAAUGUCCCACAUUCAACAUUUAUUUCUCCAAAGAUAGUAAAUGGGAAAGACAUUGAAGAAGUACGUUGUAUAGAAACACAGGACAAUCAUAACUCAGAAGGAGAAGCAAGAGAUUGUUGUGACACCUCUGUCAGGCAGGAGUCUGAUUCAUCGGUUUCUGACAAGCAGCGGCAAACCAUCAUCAUUGCUGACUCCCCAAGUCCUGCAGUGAGUGUGAUUACUAUUAGCAGUGACACUGAUGAGGAGGAGACAUCGCAGAGGCACUCACUCAGAGAAUGUAAAGAUAGUCUAGAUUGUGAAGCUUGCCAGAGCACUUUGAAUAUCGAUCGGAUGUGUUCGCUAAGCAGUCCUGAUAGUACUCUGAGCACCAGCUCCUCGGGGCAGUCCAGCCCAUCGCCCUGCAAGAGGCCGAACAGUAUGUCAGAUGAAGAACAGGAAAGUGGUUGUGAUACUGUGGAUGGCUCUCCAACAUCAGACUCUUCGGGACAUGACAGUCCAUUUGCAGAGAGGAACUUUGUGGAGGACGCUCGUCAGAACCCGGAACUGGUAACCUCUGCCAACACAGAAACCAAACCAGCUGUUUGUACUGUUGUGGUGCCACCGAUGGGACUAGAGAAUGGAUUAAAUGCUGAUGAGCAUAUGGCAAACACAGAUUCUACCUGCCAGCCAUUAGUAAAAGGACGAUCAGCUCCUGGAAGAUUAAACCAGCCUUCCACAGCAGGUAAUCGCCAGCAGAAAUUGACAUCCGCAUUCCAGCAACAGCAUUUGAAUUUCAGUCAGGUUCAGCACUUUGGAUCUGGGCAUCAGGAGUGGAAUGGAAACUUCGGACAUCGAAGACAGCAAGCUUAUAUCCCCACUAGCGUUACCAGUAAUCCAUUCACUCUUUCUCAUGGAAGUCCCAAUCACACAGCCGUGCAUGCCCAUCUGGCUGGAAAUGCACAUCUUGGAGGACAGCCUACUCUACUUCCAUACCCAUCAUCAGCUACCCUCAGUAGUGCUGCACCGGUGGCCCACCUCUUAGCCUCUCCAUGUACCUCAAGACCUAUGUUACAGCAUCCAACUUACAGUAUCUCUCAUCCCAGUGGCAUAGUUCACCAAGUCCCAGUGGGCAUAAAUCCCCGCCUGUUACCAUCCCCAACCAUUCAUCAGACUCAGUAUAAACCAAUCUUCCCACCACAUUCUUACAUUGCAGCAUCACCUGCAUAUACUGGAUUUCCAUUGAGUCCAACAAAACUCAGCCAGUAUCCAUAUAUGUGAAAACUCCAAAAGAGUAUAUUGAGGAAGCUCAAUGAUAUAAACAUUUGAUUAAAAAUAAAAACAUGGUAUUUAAUAAAUAUUAGCCAUGGCACAAGAAAAUUAUUUUUGAAUCAUGUAGACUUGGGUGCAAUUUAAACAACUUUGAGCUUUAAAAAAAAAAAAAAACAAAACUCACUUUUAAUGUGUUUUGCACAUUUGGUAUAACUUGUCUUUGGUCAUGUUAUCUUCUUAUGUAGUAACUCUAGACAGGUGACUUAUGGGAGCAGAAGUCCAGUUUUGCUCCUGCUAUUUUUUAUAAAAUUGCCUUCUAACUAGUGCAAGACACAUCCACAUUUGGGAAGCCAUUCUGUGUACAGACUUAGAGCAACAGAUGCACAUAUGUCAGAAUUACAGCAUACAAGUGAAUUGUAUUAUCUGUGUCUUAGUGUAUAAAUGUUGGGUCACUUACCUAAGAAAUUGAGCUAUUGUUCUUUACAUUUGCAUGUGUCUUUGCAUGGGCAAAAUGUUGCCUAGACUUUGCUCUUAAAUGUUGUUCUAAUAAUCUCAGCUGCAUUGUAAACCGUUCCCACACAUAGUGCCUUAAAUAUUUGAGGUUGUUGAUGUUAUUACCUAUAUAUAAAUGUUGAGGACUGCAGCACUUAAAUUCAGAUCUACUCUUUAGUUUCCUUUUGAUAGAGUAAUGUUCAUUUUUGGUUUUGUGUGGUAUGAUUUCAGGUCGUAGCUGUUUUUUCCUUACUAAGAGGGCAGCAUGUUUGCUAUAGCUGAAUUCUGCUGUCUGAUUUUUCAGAAUGAUCUAGCUUCAAGAAAAGCAAGCAGUUAGUAGUGCUUAAGAAAAAUUGAUUCAGUAUCUAAUGGAUAGUUGAUAUCUGUCACAACACAGCAUUUUAUAUACUGUUAAGUGAAACUGCAAUACAAUCUAAGUUUAUUUUGGGAGUGUUUGCUGUAUAAUUGGAUUUAAUGAAAUGUUUAGAGGUGCAGUAGGCAUGACUUUGAGUAGAUAAUGAAAGAAAAUGCAAAAUGCUUAUUGAUUCAUGAUGUGGUUUCAUCUUAGCUUGGGCAAACCAUGCAGUAUUUAAUAAAUAGUAGCAGAAUAUUUACUAUUGAAGCUUGAAAAGAUGUGAGUUCUUUGUGUGCAAUCUUUCAUUUAUGCAUGUGAGAGGGUUUUUUGUUUUGUUUUUUUUUUUUUUUUUAAUAUUUUUACAUUGUAGUACUUGUUUUGCUUGUUGGUGGUGUUUGCUUAUUUAAUACAUUCCGUCAGGGACAGAAAUUACAUGCUUUUUUUUCCCCUAGGAAGUGUGUCUUGGGUUUUUCCCUUAUUCUUUUCUUUUCUUUUCUUUUUUCUUCUUUUUUGGUGGUGGUGGUGGUGAUGUUUAAAUGAAGUUGCUUUUACAGCACCAAAGACUUAAUCAUCCAUUUCCUAUAUAAAAGGUAGCUACUUUUUUGCAUAGACCUCAAGUAUAUUGUAGUAUAGAGGUGGACUUUAAGGAAAGGUAUUAAACAGGCUGUGUUUUAGCUUAUGGGCAAGUAAUAAAUUGUAUCAUUUAUCUUGAAUGUAUCAUAGAUAAGCUGCUAUAUAACGAUUGCCACUUCAGAUAGCUGUGAAAUUAGGUGAUUAACUAGUUGUUACUUAGCCUUCUAAUUUCUGUAUAAGUCUAAUUACAUGAAAUAGAAGUUGGGGUUUUGAUUUUUUACUUUGCUUUUCUGUUUGGAGUGUCAUUGUAACUACUGUAUUGUAAAUGAUGGAAAAUAAUUGCAUAUGUUAUUUUGGGGUGUGUUAUUUGCAUCAGUAUUUUAUCUCUAUUAAUGUUUGUGCUCAUCACUGCAUAUAAAAAACUUGGAUGUAUCAAUGUAACUUAAUUUUUUAUUUUCAUACUGGCAUUGUAGACACUUGAGAAAGCUGUAUCUUGCAGGCUUGACUUAACUUUUUUUCCUUAAAAAUCUGGAAUAUAAUCUUACAGCAUUUACUGGAAUAAACAGUACAAAGCAUUUGAGUGUAAAAACUCUCCAAAUGUUUUGGAUUUACAGCAUUUCUUUGAUGAAUGAAUUGCAUACCACUAGUACAGCUCUAAUACAGCGUUGACAAUAAGCUAAUAAUGGAUAAACUUUUCUUUAUUCCAUUAACACAAGCAGUGUUUUAUUUAAUAAUCAUCAAUGAAAUAAAUGUGCCUGAAAUUGAUUUUAAAAAUUACAGUAUUAGAUCAUAAAAUAAAAACCAGCAGUACAUUUUUAGUCACACUGAAAAUGAAGGACUUAAUUUUCCCCACAAGUUUCAGUGUUUUUAGUAAUCAAUUCUAUGCAUUUUAUAUAAAUAGAAAUAUAUAUACAUAUAUAUAUUACACAUAAAAAAGAGGAGUAGCCUAAGAUUAAUUUAAAAGAUUAUUUACAGAUGGCAAAUUUAUGGAGUCACUAUUUAAGUAAACUUGCUGCCCUCCACAGCUUAUUAAUUUUAUUUAUACGGUCCAGCAGGUCACUGGUAUCUGCUCACUUCUUGGAACAGAAUCCACACUGGCAGCGCAUGUUUCAGAAACCCCGAGUGCAAAGGAUCGAUUUAUGUUUGUACAGUAGGUACAAAGCUGGCGCAGUUUUAGUUUCAUUCAGGGCCACGUUUACUACCCUGAAAUGUCGGAUUUUCUGUAUUUCAGUUCCAAGACUCUGACAGUCUUGUUAAAUAAACAGUAAAUGUUUUCGUAAUGUAAUAGUAAGGUGUGGUAAUGGCGUACCCCCAGUUAAGUACUCUGCUCUUAACUGAUUCUAAUCAUGGGUUUUUUAAUGUGUUUAAGAAUUAAAAAUUUCAAAAUCCUGCCAACGUCUAAAUUCAACAAACUGACAAGAAUUUGGAUGUAUACCCUCUAAAACCAUUUGACCAGUUUUCUUUGGUUUUACUGCUUUCUUAAAUAAAACACUGCAUGACUUCCAAGUUGCAUAUUUGCAUACUAUUUUAACUUGCAAAUUUAUUAUUAUUUGUUUUUUUUUACCCAAUACCCUGAUAAUUUCGUUUUCUUUUCCUUCAGGGUGUUUAAAUAUGUUACUGUAGUAGCAAAGCCUUUUCACUUUUUAAAAUCUCUACUACUAAUUUUAAUCUUGGUUUGUGUUAAGUAAAAGUUAAAUCAUACACUGCAAGGUGUAGGAAGAUUUGUUUUAAUGAACCCAAUGAUACAGAUUUGAUUACUAAGUUUGAACUGUUAACUGUUUAACAAUUUUAGACUUGUGGCUUUCUUUCUUUGGUUUUGUUUUUGCUUUUACUUCUAUGCUACACUAGUUUGCCAUGUAGCAAUUGCACUGUGCAAUAUUACAAUAAGGACUGGGAAAAUUUUUAUGGAUGUAAUGUCUAUUACGGUUUGCGCUAGUAUUUCUCUCUAGUUCUCAGUGAUUUAAAUGUGACCAAGCCUUCUGUACUUUGUCACAAAAAGCGGGUUUUCCAGGUGACUAUUUUGGUGAGUGUCAAAAUAAGAAUUUAUGGUGUAUUACUGUCGAUUCACUUUGAAUUAAAAUAUAUAUAUUGCAGCAAA